AUGUGCUCCUCCUUAGUGCCAGCUCUUGCCUCAGUGUCAGAAGGUACCACCAUGAAGAAGUUCUUAAACCUUACAAAGAGUGAGAACAACUCGAAAGAGAGCAGCAACUUCAUAGGAAAGGUCUUCACAACUGGAAAACUCUCCCUGACAGUAGAAGACACAAUUGCAGAAGGAGGCUUUGCAAUUGUCUUCCUGGUGAAAGGAAGUAAUGGGGUGCAUUACGGCCUCAAGCGGAUGUAUGUCAACAAUGACUAUGACCUCCAUGUCUGUAAAAGGGAGAUAGAAAUUGUGAAACAACUCGGUGGGCACAAGAACAUUGUGAGCUAUAUUGAUCAUUCCAUUUCAUCUGUCGGUGGAGAUGUAUAUGAGAUCCUCCUUCUCAUGGAGUACUACCGGGGCCAUGUUCUUAAUCUCAUGAAUGAAAGACUACAUUCAGGAUUCUCUGAGGCAGAGGUCCUGACAAUAUUCUGUGAUGUGUGUGAAGCUGUGUCACGACUUCAUCAUUGCCAGACCCCAAUUGUGCAUCGGGAUCUCAAGGUGGAGAACAUAUUGUUUCGUGAUGGAGGUCCAUACGUGCUCUGUGAUUUUGGGUCUGCCACACCCAAGGUGCUGAACCCAGCAAAACAAGGGGUAUCUGCUGUAGAGGAGGAGAUCAGGAAGUACACUACGGUCUCAUACCGAGCCCCAGAGAUGAUUGACCUCUAUGCUGGGAAGGUCAUUCACACCAAAGCUGAUAUUUGGGUGGGUUCAACUCUGUUGGUAAAACUUUACUUUUUCUAAUUCUCC